AUGAAGGUGGAAGAAGAGGACUAUACAAGAAUUCCAGUAUGGAUUCAAAUGUGGGGAAUGCCAGAAUUUUGUAAAACCAGAACAGCAGCGAUGAGGAUAGGGCAGAGAUUAGGGGAGGUAGUGGAGGUGGAUUCCUUCUUGAUGAGAGGAAAGGAGGAUAGGAUUAUGAAAGUGAGAGUCAACUUAGAUGUAACCAGAACUCUUCGACAGUCAAUUAAGGUAUCAAGCCCUGACAAAAUUGUGUUUGAAAUCAUGCUGAAGUACGAGAAAAUUGAGAUUUACUGUGGCUUCUGUGGACACAUUGGACAUGAAACUAGAAACUGUGCUAAUUAUUUGGAGAUCUCAGAAAUAAACCAAGAAGUGGAAGAAAGAUGGAAUAAGGAGUUAAGGGCAGAUCAACUUGGCUGGAGAAUUGAUGAAACUAAGGAGAAUGCCUACCCUAAUCAUAGAAGAAAAGAAGUCAGGUCAAUUCACCCAGAUAGUAAGCCAACACCAGUGAGCCUAUUGAAGAGUUUUUCUCAACUAUCACUAUCCAAUCCAAAAUAUACUUCUUCUCUCACAAUAACAUAG